GCUUGCUGCUCAUCACUUCACUCGACCAACCAAAGCCAAGCGAAGCAGCUAAGCUUCAGUAGCCAAUCGUGAAGCUGAGCGCGGCCGCCGCCGAGGAUCAUCCAUGGCGUUCGUGAGGUACCGCGCGCUGCCGCAGCGCGGGGAGCCGACGGUGGAGGAGUUCCGGGCGUGGCUGGCGCAGUUCGACGCCGACCGCGAUGGCCGGAUCAGCCGGGAGGAGCUCCAGCACGCGCUCCGGAGCCUCAACGUGUGGUUCGCGUGGUGGAAGGCGCGGGGCGGGGUGCGCGCCACCGACGGCGAUGGCGACGGCGACGGCGCCGUGGCCGUGGCCGGGGACGACGAGGUCGCCCGGCUCUUCGCCUUCGCGCAGAGGCACCUCCACGCCAAGAUCGCCCAGCUCGGAUACUACUGAACACCGAUGAUCCACGAGACGAUCGUCGUGUCAUCGAUGCGAUCGAGUCUGCACUUUCUUGUGACUUGUGACCCAAUCCCCUGCUUUUAUUUGUAAAGUCUCUAUUCCUCGGUGAUCGAAGCCUAAAGAUCUAUGAACCACCUCAUGUUUGACUAGCCAAUUAGA